CCUGGUGUCUGAAGCAGCAACAUCGCUCUACUUCUACAAGGGAAAUCAACUCCAGCUCCCCUCUCUCAGCUCUCACAAUGUCCAUCGACCCAGCGGCCGAGCUGCCUUUCUUCUAUGGCAGCAUCAGCCGCUCAGAUGCCGAGCAGCACCUGAAGCUGGCCGGGAUGGCCGACGGGCUCUUCUUGCUGCGACAGUGUCUGCGCAGUCUGGGGGGCUAUGUCCUGUCUGUGGUGUGGAACCUGGAGUUUCAUCAUUAUUCCAUAGAGAAGCAGCUCAAUGGGACAUACUGUAUCACUGGAGGGAAGACACACUGUGGGCCUGCAGAGCUCUGUGAGUAUUACAGUAAAGACCCAGACGGGCUGGUGUGCACCCUGAGGAAGCCCUGUCUGCGAUCCCCAGACACCCCGAUACGGCCUGGUGUGUUUGACAACCUAAGAGAAAACAUGCUGAGGGAGUACGUGAGGCAGACCUGGAACCUGGAGGGAGAGGCCAUGGAGCAGGCGAUCAUCAGCCAAGCCCCUCAGCUGGAGAAACUGAUCGCCACAACAGCCCAUGAGAAGAUGCCCUGGUAUCACGGUAAAAUCAGUCGACAGGAAGGUGAGAGGAGACUUUACUGUGGAGUACAACCAGAUGGCAAGUUUCUAGUGAGGGACAGAGAGGAGGCGGGAACUUUUGCGCUCUCAAUGAUGUAUGGGAAAACGGUGUACCACUAUCAGGUGCUUCAUGAUAAAUCAGGGAAAUACUCUAUGCCUGAGGGGACAAAGUUUGACACAAUCUGGCAGCUGGUUGAGUACCUGAAGAUGAAAGCUGAUGGCCUGGUGACUGUUCUCACCGAGGCUUGUAAUAACGGAAAAGCUGCUGCUGCUGAAAAGCCCCACCUCCCAUCCAACAGGCGACCUGGUGGAAAUGGAUACACACCGCCACCCAGAGCUGUCACAACCCCAGCCAACAGUGUGCCUGCAGACCGUACUCCUCUGCCAAUGGACUGCGAUGGAUUCAACCCGUACCAUAACCCCAAUGAAGUAAGGAAGUUUAACAUCAAGAGGACUCAGCUGCUGAUCGAUGAGGUGGAGCUCGGCUCAGGGAACUUUGGCUGCGUUAAGAAAGGAGUCUUCAAGACUGAAACAGGCCAGGUGGACGUGGCCAUCAAAGUGCUGAAGAAUGAUAACGAGAAUCUGGUGAAGGAGGAGAUGAUGAGGGAAGCAGAGAUCAUGUACCAGCUCAGUAACCCCUACAUCGUCCGCAUGCUGGGUCUGUGUAACGCUGAAAACCUCAUGCUGGUCAUGGAGAUGGCUUCUGCUGGGCCUCUCAACAAAUUCCUCUCCAGCAACAAGGAUAGAAUAACAGUGGAGAACAUCGUGGAGCUGAUGCAUCAAGUAUCUUUGGGAAUGAAGUAUCUGGAGGAAAAGAACUUUGUGCACAGAGACUUAGCAGCUCGUAACGUCCUACUGGUCAACCAACGGUUCGCCAAGAUCAGUGACUUUGGGCUUUCAAAGGCCCUGGGAGCAGAUGACAACUACUACAAGGCUCGGACUUCAGGUAAAUGGCCUUUGAAAUGGUACGCUCCAGAAUGUAUACGCUUCUACAAAUUCUCCAGUAAAAGUGACGUGUGGAGUUUUGGUGUCACUAUGUGGGAGGCCUUCUCCUAUGGAGGGAAACCUUACAAGAAAAUGAAAGGAAUGGAAGUUACACGCUUCAUUGAUGAUGGGAACCGCAUGGAGUGUCCACCAGCAUGUCCAGAGAGAAUGUAUACACUGAUGAAGGAAUGCUGGACAUACAAAUACGAAGAGCGCCCUGACUUCAAGAAGGUUGAAGAGUCCAUGAGGUCCUACCAUUACUCCUUAUCAAGCAAGGCAAAGCCUGAGGAAGCUGAAGCUGAAGCUGAAGCUGAAGCUGCUGCUGCUGCUGAGCCCGUCAAAUAGAAACAGGAAACAAGGAACUUACUGUCCCAGUGCUGCACAAAGCAUCCUUUCACCCAGCCAUUAAACAAUCAAAACAAAGAGCUUUUUAUGAAUGCUGCACACUGACCAGCUUCAACUACAGAACUGAUACAGAUGAACAGGCCUCAGAGACAAUAAUGUGCAUUUGUAAACUAGACUCCAGUGUGUCAGCCAUGUGAAGAGAUUCUGUGUCUGUGUGCCGUCGUUUGAAUGUUAAGUGUUGACGUCUUUACAUCAAUGAACAAUCUAAUUAUGUAUUCUGGUAUUUUGGUAUGUGAUGAGAGUAUGGAGUGCAUGUACAAGUUUAUAUUUCAGCAUAUGACAAACUAUAGGAGUAGUUAGUUGUUUAACUCUAUGCCAAAUAAACUUAGAA